CGCCGCCCCUCCGGCCCCUUCGGCUCCGUCCCGUCCCGUCCCGUCCUGCCGCUGCCGUAUGGGGCCCCCCGGGCCGGCCUGACCCUCCCUGCAGCCCCGCCGACCCCCAGAGACCGGACCCGCCGAGGAGCCGCGACGGGACCCCCAGGCUGCUUGGAUCCUGCCGGUCCCCCCGCAGCACGGAGAGACCCCCCGGCCCCUUCCCUGGGGACAGAGAACCUUGGGAGCCGCCCCGGGGCUGCCCCGGUCGGGCCCCCUGGACUCCUGGCAAGAACCCCCAGCUCUUCCCAUCGCUGGAGCAGAGACCUCGUCCCCCCCCCCGGGACCCUUCCCUGGGGCCAGGGACCCCCGGGAGACACAGUCCCUUGCCCAGGACACGGGAGCCAGCACUCCUGGGGACUCCCCAGCCGUCCCCGCGGGGGCGAAGGACGCCUGGAGCCCCCCACCCGUGCCGGGGGCGAAGGCCCCGGCCCCCCUGCCCACACCCCCUCUCCCGGGCUGGCCCCCGGCCACCAAAGCUCCCGCGCCCGGAGCUGGGGGGAGCCGGGCUGCCCUGUGCCCCCCGGCUGAGCCGGCCCUGAGCCGGUGGGGCGGCCGUGGGGGGUCAAGGAGCCCUGGGGGGGCCGCGGCACCCUGCCCCUCCCCAGCCCCAUGGCGGCCAAGUGGUUCAAGGAGUUUCCCUCCAACCUGAAGACGGUGUCGGAGCGGGCCCGGCCGGGCAGCAGUAGCCUGGGCAAGAGCCGCAAGAACUCGGCUGCCGAGCUGGGGGGCUGCCGCGCCGGCCCGGGGGGCGGCAAGGACGGGGGCGGCCGGUUGUCACGGGACAACCUGCAGGGUCUGCUCCAGGCUGCUACCGGGAAGAUGCGGAAAAACUCGCGAGUGGAGGGAGGGACCCCGGAGGGACCCCCCAAAACCUGCGGCACCUACAUCAACCGCCUCAUCAAGGUGGAGGCUCACGAGAAGAAUGGGAAGGGGUACCCCAGCCCCCCGCCUGCCAGCCCGGCUGCCCCCGAGCAGGACAAGGGGAAGACCCUCAAGACAGAGACGGUCAUCAUCCUGGAGGACUACGCCGACCCUUACGAUGCCAAGCGCACCAAGGGGCAGCGGGAGGCGGAGCGGCUGGGAGAGAACGACGGCUACAUGGAGCCCUACGACGCCCAGCAGAUGAUCACAGAAAUCCGCCGCCGGGGCUCCAAGGACCCCCUGGUCAAAGCCAUCCUGCUGCUGGACGGUCCUGGCGAGCCCGGGGAAGGGGGCAGCAAGCCAGAGCCAGCCAAAUGGCCAGUGGGCAAGGAGGUGGUGGGGAAGGGGCCACAGCUCUAUGACACCCCCUAUGAGCCCGGGGAGGGGGUGCCCGGGGGAGCCCCGGAGCGCAGGGUGAGGGCUGGGGAUGGGCGCCUGCCAGAGAACGAUGAGCGGCCAGCGGGAGAGUAUGAGCAGCCCUGGGAGUGGAAGAAGGAGCAGAUUGUCAAAGCACUGUCAGUCCAGUUUGAGGGCUCAGAGCGCCCCAAGGAGGAGGUGCAGCGGCAGCACCUGCGCCAGAAGAGCUGGACCCCCAAGAUGCUGAAGCCGGCGGGCACGGAGCACGGGGAGGGGGAGCGGGUGGACCCUGCCCUGGCGCUGGAGAAGCAGCCCUGGUUCCACGGGGCCAUCACACGCGCCGAGGCGGAGAGCCGGCUGCAGCCCUGCCGGGAGGCCGGGUACCUGGUGCGCACCAGCGAGAGCGGCAGCGGCAAGUACUCCAUUGCCCUCAAGACCAGCCAGGGUUGUGUCCACAUCAUCGUGGCCCAGACCAAGGACAACAAAUACACGCUCAGCCAGGCCAGCGGCGUCUUCGCCAGCGUCCCCGAGGUCGUGCACUACUACUCCACCGAGAAGCUGCCCUUCAAGGGGGCCGAGCACAUGGCCCUGCUGCACCCCGUCCACUGCAAGCUGCAUUAGCGGCGGAUAACGCCCCCCCCAGACUGGGCCACGACCCCCACCCAAAUCCCCGCCCAGGGCAGGGUCCGGCCCCGGCGACGGCUGCGUGCCGGGGGAAGGGUCUGGCACAAGACCCCCGGGGACCCCUCCGCUCGCUGCCCGCCGCUGGACUCCGGCAGGGCAGACCCUGCCCACCCUGUGCUGGACGCCCCCUCCCGCUGCGGGGCUGCGCCCGGGGCGGGGAACGCGGCGGGACUGGGACCUGUAACAACUAGUAAAAUAAACUUGUUGGCUGA